AUGAGGUUGCAAGAACUUCAAGAUGCUAUAAACAAACUUCCAUUGAGACAUCCAAUCGACGUCAAAUUGUAUUGGAGAGCUUCUGAGUUAGGUCAGAAGGUUUUAUAUGAAACAGGUUGCUUUGACGAUGUUUAUGAGAUAACAGGAGAAGUUUCUCAGAAGAUAAGAGACUCACUUGAAUUUCCACGAACUGGACCGAUUGGAUGCGACAAGUUCGACUCAAACGAAAAGAUAUACUAUGUUGACCUUAACGCUGCGUACAUGAGGUUUGUCCAAUAUAUUCCAACUGGAAUUCCAAACGAAGAUGGCGAGUUCCCGGGAAGGAACUAUACAGUUGGAAAAGUCAUACAACAACUGUAUGAUAUUAGGAAAGCUUCAAACCCCAAACUUGCAAUGACACUCAAAUUGCUUAUGAAUUCGACAUGGGGAUAUUCCAUUAAAAAACCUCAAGAGAUGAAGAGUAAACAUUAUGAGAAGGUCGACAACUUUGUUGAAAGGUUUUCUCCUUUUGUUUUGAAAUACGAGUUCACCGAAGGUCAAUGUGGCUCAGUAACCACAGUAAAACCUAUUGUCGAACAUUGGUCUUACCCUCAGUUCGCAAAGGCAGUCCUUGACAACUACAACAAAUUCUUCUCCGAAGUCAAAUCCAAAGUUGUGGUUUACUAUGAGAACAUUGACGCACUCAUGACGAACGAAGAAGGCUAUAACAAACUCAUUGAAAUGGGUUUAGUCGGUGAGAAGAUGGGUCAAUUCAAAUUGGACAAAAUUUUCACCGAAGUUCAUGUCCUCUCCAAGCGUAAGUACUGGGGCAUACUUGAAGACGGCACAGAAAUAAAACAUUGCAUGAAAUAA